AUGAACUCCCUCACCACAAAAAAAUCUCUUUUCCCACUCCACACACUGCUAGCCCUGGCCCUCUUUCUGGCCACCGGGGCCCAAUGGGCCUCGGCCCAGAACUGUGGCUGCGCCACCGACCUGUGCUGCAGUAAGUUUGGCUACUGCGGCACAGGCGACGCGUACUGUGGCGAAGGGUGCCAGCAGGGCAAGUGUUACAACAACAAUAAUAACAACCCACAAUCUUCAGGUAUCGUGACUGACGCCUUUUUUAACGGGAUAAUUAGUCAGGCUCGAUCAGAUUGCCCUGGGCGAGGGUUCUACACCUUGUCCGCUUUUCGACAGGCAGUCGGAUCUUACCCUGAGUUCGGGACAACCGGGACAGCCGACGACUCCAAGCGCGAGAUUGCCGCGUUUUUCGCGCACGUCACGCAUGAGACUGGCCAUUUUUGCUAUAUAGAGGAGAUAGACGGGGCGUCCCAUGACUAUUGCGACAAAACCAACACGGCGUACCCAUGCGUGCCGGGUAAGGGAUACUAUGGUCGUGGCCCGUUACAGCUGUCGUGGAACUUCAACUACGGGCCGGCGGGCCAGAGCAUUGGGUUCAACGGGCUGAACGACCCUGACAUUGUAGGUAAAGACCCGGUUAUAGCGUUCAAGACGGCCCUUUGGUUCUGGAUGAACAACUGCCACAAGAAGAUCGUGUCCGAGGGCUUUGGGUCCACUAUUCGGGCCAUUAACAGCAUGGAGUGCGAUGGGCGGAACGCUGAUACAGUCACUGCCCGAGUUAACUACUACACGGACUAUUGUGGACAACUCGGAGUUAACCCGGGCGAUAAUACGAGGUGCUAG